CUUUUUUAUGUUCAUAUCAUAACUUCUUUUUGAAUUUAUGUUUUCAUAAAAUUUAUAAUUUGUAAAUGAUUUCAAACACAAAAAAAAAAUAUGGGACCAAUUCCUAUUGAUCGUAUUAUAAGUAUAAGUAGCGAAGACCUAAACCACAAAGGAGAAAAUAUUUUAAAUGUUAAUGAUUCACAUAAGACUUGGCGUUGUAAAUCUGGUGAAAAACAAGCUACUAUCAUUUUACAAUUUCUUAAACCAUCAGCUAUUAGUUCUAUUGACGUCGGUAAUGACAACUCGGCAUUUGUUGAGAUAUUUGUUGGAAAAUCUACAUCUGAUGAAUUUCAUCUCUUAUUAGUUACAUCAUCAUUGAUGACUAUGCACGAUUGUAAAAACGGAUUAAAUGUGAACAAUGUCCGUUUCUUUAAUGCGAAUCAACUCUCCCCAAUUGCAAAAGAAUCGUGGGAUAGGGUAAAGAUUGUAUGUACGCAAUCAUAUAUAAAACAAGCGAAAUUCGGACUUUCAUUUAUAACAUUUCAUUCCAAAGAUAAAUUAUCGGAAACAACAUUAAAAGAAUCUAUCUUAACUAAGAAUGUUCAAUUAGGAUCAUUUACAUUAAGAAGUGAUGACGAUUGUAAUGAUGAUAUAACGUUCACUGGGCGACUUUUUGCCAAACGUAAUGAUGUUAAACCAAUUGUAAAGAUGCCUGAAUCUCCUGUGAGUCGUUUACUCGCAUCUCACAAAAAAAAGAAUAACAACUCAGAAAUUGUACAAAAACUUGAGACAAAAGACUCUAAUACAGCCAAAAAACUCACAACUAAUCUUACUUCUGUUUCCUCAAAAAAAAACCCACAUAAUCCUAGAAAUGAUAACUUGAAUAAUAAAAAUACUAAUGAUAAAGAAAUAUCGCAACUUCAAAAUAAAGACACAAAUAGAAAACAACCUGCUACUUCACCUGCAUUUGAAAAACCGAAAAAAAAAAUUAAAUUAAUUCAAAAUCUGUUACCUGCUCAAAAGCCUUUUAUUAAAUUACUUGAAAAUGUAAUUUUUGCAAUGAGUGGUUAUGAAAAUCCUUAUCGUAGAAAUGUACGAGAUAAAGCCGCCGAGAUGGGAGCUACUUACAAAGCUAACUGGGAUUCAUCUUGUACUCAUUUACUAUGUGCAUUUACUAAUACACCAAAGUACAGGGAAGCGAAAACGCAAGGUUGUCGACGUAUUGUCAAAAGCGAUUGGAUAGAUAAGUGUUUUUCUAAUAGAUGCCGCUAUCCUUGGAGAAGAUUUGCUUUAGACAAAACAGAACAAAAUAAACCUGAGAGCGAAGAUGAAAUACAUGAAAUAACUCAACUAGAUGAUCCUGUGGAAGAAGAUGACGAAUGGAAUAGUAUAGCUAAAAGUAAUAUUCCGUCAACAUCACAAAUCAAAACACCACAUCAUGAUAUUUAUGAUGCCGAUACUGAUGUUGAUUCAGACUCAAGUAAUCCUGUUCCUAACGACGUGUUAUCUGACAAUAGCAAUGUACAGCUUCCACAUUUAGAUAACGUUUUUACUAACUACUCGUUUUGGUUUUCUCCAAAUUUGGAUCCAUUAGAGAAAAAAAAAUGUCAACGCUAUAUAAUUGCACUUGACGGGCAGUUAAAUUCAAAGGAUAAUUGUGAUUAUAUAAUUUCAACAAAUUCAGAUAAACGAAUGCUUGACAAACCUGUGGUGUCUCCUCAUUGGAUUUGGGAUUGUCAUGAUGCUAGAAAAAUACUACCGUUGAACUGAAGACAAUAUUUUUAAAAAAUUUAGUAGACUUGUCUUUAUCAAAACAAGGGUCCAUACAAUUAAAUUAAUGGCUUUCAUUGUAUUUUAAUAUUUAUAGUAAAAAUUAUGUUAACUACUAUAUCAUCUACUGCCACUGACUGAAUUUUUAAAAUUUUAAAUCUAAGCUGUAUAUAGAUAAACAAUAUUUAACGGUGUUAACUAAUGACAAAACAUUUUACUCCAUAACUUCCUAGUAUGUAAAAGUGAUUAAGAUUAAAUAUUGUUAGUGAA